CGAACAACCGGUGUAACCUUAUCGCGUGAUACUCGGGCCGUACGUCUCCUAAAAAAACGCACACAGACACGUAUAUACAUCUAUACGACGCAAAAUAAUAUCAGAUAAUAUAAUAUAACGUACAUGUAUUUCAAAAGACAUUUUCCUUUUUUUUUGUUAAUAAUUUUGCUCAUCUGAUCCGCCAAUUCCCUUCCGUACACCUGUCCUGCUGCUUCCGCUGCUGCUGCUGCUGCUGCUGCUGCUGCUGAGAGCAACGGGAAUUCAUCCUAAAAAUAACCAUUCGGUUCAAAUAUGACUUUCGUUUGACACAAUUUGAAAAAUCCAACGUUAACAAAAACAUACGUAUGACAACAAUAAUAAAAACAAUAAUUGUUACCAUUGCAAUAACAUCUCGAGAGUUAAAAUUUUGAUAUUGUAUUUGUUUCGCAGCGCAGCGAUAAAAACGAACAAGGUCCACAUUUUUUAAUUGUACGAAAAAAAAAAUAAGUAAAUAAAGAUCGUUUCACAUACGUCAAGCGUAUAGCAGAUAUUUUGUUUUCACACAUAUGCAAACUGCCUCAGAGACGCAUUAAGGGCGCUGGUAUCGUGUAUCUGCAUACCGGUGAAGAAAAUAAAAAAAAUUCCUUGUCGGGAAACGCGGUGGAGUAGUCCGAAAUAGAGCACAUAAGGGACUUGAAAUUUUUCACGUAAUUUUCUAAACAUACCAGAAGAGUAAAGAAUCCUGCAGGAGGGGGAGGAGGGGGGGGGGGGUCGGGGAAAUAAAGCGGGAGAGAAAAGAGAAGAGCGAAAAAACGUACUGGAAAGACACGGAUUGAAAGAAUCCGAAGAAAAAAAAUUGGAAACAAAUAAAGGAAAAAAGGUAUUGUCGGUAUACGUGCGCAAACUUGCGAGAUACAGGGACCUAGUGCGGAGAGUAUUGUGUACCGCAGCAGAUUUCCUUCAUUCCCGACAAGUCCCGGUAAAAGAAUACUCUGUAGUUUCGAGAUUUAUUUUGAAAUUGACCGUAAUUUUCCGUGUCCUUUCCCUCGACAAGCGCUUGUCACCGUUACUCGAAAGAACGUUUUUGAUUUUCUCGUCCGGCCUUGUUUGUUUUUCUCAUUCGACUCGUCCAGAUCGAUUGUUCGUUUUUUUAUACCUUCUAUUUUGUAAUCGUUGUUUGCUUUCUACCGUUGUUCUUUUCUUCUUUUUCGUUUUUCUGCUACUCCCGCUGCAGCUGCUGCUACCUGUACCGACAAACCGCACAUCCCCGGCCGCUGCUCUCGCCCAGGGGAUCAGCUGUUGCCAGAUCAUUUUUAGCAGAGCAGCAAAGAGCCGAUAGUGAAAGUUUUCUUCGUACAACGAUGACUGCUCGGAUUCGAAAGACGCAACUCCUUCGCAGAAGAACGGCAUCGAAUUCUCCUGGUUUUCCAACACUCUUAACCACUGCCGCCGUCCCGAUCUUAUUAUUCCUGCUUAUUCAAGUGGAUACGUCAGUUUCUUCCCCUCCUCACAGGGGACGUCGUCAUCACGCCGCUUCCGACGUAUCGCACGAGGAAGUUAUUAAGGGUGAUUUGCACUCCCUUCCUAAACCAGAAUCCCUUAACCUGAAUUCAAACGAUGACGAUAUGGUGAUAAGAACCAGGAAGGGCAAGGUCAGAGGAAUAACUCUCACGGCAACCACUGGAAAAAAGGUCAACGCAUGGAUGGGAAUUCCUUACGCUCAGAAACCCAUUGGACCGUUGAGGUUCCGACAUCCACGCCCAGCGGAACGUUGGGAGGGUAUUUUGAAUACAACAACGCCGCCCAACAGUUGCGUACAAAUAUUGGACACCGUAUUUGGCGAUUUUCCGGGAGCUAUGAUGUGGAAUCCGAACACUCCGUUGAGCGAAGAUUGUCUUUACGUGAACGUCGUUACCCCGCGUCCUAGGCCAACCAACGCUGCCGUCAUGGUCUGGAUAUUUGGAGGUGGUUUUUAUUCCGGAACUGCAACGUUGGACGUCUACGAUCACAGGACAAUAGUUUCGGAAGAGAACGUGAUACUGGUUUCCAUGCAGUACCGGCUAGCCAGUCUCGGUUUUCUGUAUUUUGGAACUGGCGACGUUCCAGGAAACGCGGGACUCUUCGAUCAGGUUUUGGCUCUGCAAUGGGUACGCGAUAACGUCGCAGCUUUCGGUGGAAAUCCGGAAAACGUUACACUUUUUGGAGAAAGCGCGGGAGCCGUGUCGGUCUCGCUUCAUCUUCUCUCGCCGCUCUCCAGGAAUCUCUUCAAUCAGGCAAUAAUGCAAUCGGGCUCACCAACGGCACCUUGGGCAAUGAUAUCCAGAGAAGAAUCUCGAGUCCGGGGUCUUCGUUUAGCGGAGGCUGUCGGCUGUCCGCACGAAGAAUAUUUGAUAUCGGAAGCCGUCGAAUGUUUACGGGGGAAAGAUCCGUUCGAUCUAGUGAACAACGAAUGGGGUACUCUGGGGAUAUGCGAAUUUCCAUUCGUUCCGGUGAUCGACGGUGCAUUCCUGGACGAAACACCGCAACGUUCGUUGUCCAAUCCAUCUUUCAAACGCGCCAAUAUUCUAAUGGGUUCGAAUACAGAGGAAGGAUAUUAUUUCAUAAUUUAUUACCUCACGGAGUUGUUCAGAAUCGACGGUACCGAAGACGUCAAAGUGACGAGAGAGGAGUUCUUGCGGGCUGUCAGGGAACUCAAUCCCUACGUAAAUCAAAUAGCGAGAAACGCCAUCGUCUACGAAUAUACCGAUUGGCUGAGGCCGGACGAUCCCUACAGAAACAGAGACGCCCUUGACAAAAUCGUCGGCGAUUAUCAUUUCACGUGCAACGUCAAUGAGUUCGCUGCGAGAUAUGCCGAAACGGGGAAUACGGUUUACAUGUACUACUACACGCACAGGUCGGCGAAUAAUCCUUGGCCGUCGUGGACCGGUGUGAUGCACGCCGACGAGAUAAGUUACAUAUUCGGCGAGCCCUUGGAUCCUUCCCGGGGUUACACAAGGGAGGAAAUUCAUCUGUCCAAACGGAUGAUGAGGUACUGGGCUAAUUUCGCCAAGACCGGGAAUCCUAACAUGGGCGACGACGGUUCGUGGGCUGAAACGUUAUGGCCCGAACAUUCUUACUCGAAGAGGGAAUACUUGACACUAGCCACGAAUUCGAGCGACAUCGGUUACGGGCCAAGGUCAAAACAGUGUGCAUUUUGGAAGAAGUAUUUACCGCAACUGUUGACCGCUACCGCGAACAUGAAGAGCGGAUCACCGGAAAAGUGUAGCAGUGGUUCAUCGGGAAUAUUAAUUUCUAGAAACAAUAAUAAUAACACUAAUUAUAAUUUACUGUUUAAUAUGUUCUGGUUGUGUGUUACAUACGCGAUAUUGGCGAUGUUUCGUACACGAGAUUACGACCAUCAUCUGCUUAUUGAAACGCCAUCGAUAAUAUCGUCCUCAACGACCUCAUCUCCAUCGUUAUCAACGUCAUCAUCGUCCUCAGCUUCGUCGUCGUCGUCGUCGUCGUCGUCGUCGUCGUCGUCGUCGUCGUCGUCGUCGUCGUCGUCACUCUCAUUUUCUUCAUCUUCAUCUUCUAUUCAAUCGAAUGUACGUGGUUUGGUGUAGGCACGAUCGAUCAUUGAUUUUGCUAACAUCCGGUAACAUAGGAGAAGAAAAGAUGAAAGCAAUCGAAAAUAAGAAAACCACAAGAAAUAAAUGAUACACAUGAGAACUAUCCAAAAGUGGUAAGAACAAAAAAGAAAAAAAAAGAUUAAGCGCGUGGAAGGGAAAGAUGAAUAUAUCGAUUGAUAGGAAGAGAGAGAACACGUAUAAACCUAAUAUUAUAUAUGCAUGCAUACCUAUGUGUAUGUACGUACAAUGUGCAUAGGCCUAUAUGUGUAUAACAUGCAACAGAUGUAUGCAUUUAUAUUAAAUUCGUACUCGCACAGUGGAUAAAUUCCUACUAUAAACUUACGUAUGACAUGAUAAAUUGUACAUCUAUGCGCAUAAUUAUUGCUUGUGGUACAACUAGAUUAUUAAAAAAUUAAUAAGCAGAAUAGAAAAGGAAAGAUAUAUAAACGAUACAAAAGUAAAUAUAGGUAUAUAAACAAUUUGCAAACAUAUCAGAGAGAAAAAGAGAGAGAGAGAGAGAGAGAGAGAGAGAGAGAGAGAGAGAGAGAGAGAGAGAGAGAGAGAGAGAGAGAGAGCGAGAGUGAGUGAGAGUGAGAGUGAGAGUACGAGAGAGAGUAUCAAAUGAAUAAUACGUAGUACAUUAUAGUAUUGAAAAAGGCUGCGCACUGCUGCACCUAUACAUGGCUGCUGGAAGGCCAUUAGCGGUAGAAAGAAAAAUUAUGAUAAUAAUGAAAACAUCAACAACAACAAUAAUGAUAACAUGAACAAUAAGCGUAAUACUGAUAAUGACAGUAAUGAUAAUAACAACAAUGAUUGCAGAGUUACAUGAUUGUAUUACACAAUAGGGCAGGGUUCCCAAACUCUUCCUGUGACGAAGCACUUCGAGGCUCUUUGAUUAUCAAUGGAGUAUAUUGGGACAUUUAUAGGGUAGGUAAUUACGGGUAAUCAAUAAAACCUAUAGAUGUAAACAAAAUCUUGUUUUAAAUAUUUUUUCGCGGUGUACUUGCUACCUUAAUGCGGAGGACAAUUUGGGAAACCCUAGAAUAGGGUAGGCACGUGCAUAAUUAUAUUUGGAUAUACCUAAUCGGUAAAGGGCGUCGCAGGAAAUUGAAUACUUGAUGCAAAAAGAAACCGGUGGAAGGUAACGGACGCCGCACCGUCAGCCAAAUCGUAUGGAUAACUAGAUAUAUCAUAUUAUUAUCAUUAUUAUCCGUUGUUGUUGUUGUUGUUGUUGUUGUUUUUAUCAUUAUUACUAUGAUUGUUAAAAAUGAAGUUACGCGUAAAUAUACUGCAGGUACGAUAUAGGUAUAUGUAGAUAUACAUACACAUAUAAUACACACUACAUAUAAAUAUACAUCAUGUACUAUCGCUUUACAAUGCUCGUUCGUGCGUGCGUACAGAUCAUAAUAUACUAAAUAAUUAUUAGAAUAUUAUUAAAAUAAUGAACUACAACAAAUACAUGACACGAAUGAGAGAAAGAACUAAAAUAGCCAAAAUAAGUAACGGUAAAUGAUGAAAAAUAGUAAUACAAUAUCAAUAACGUUGAUUUAUGUGGAUAGGCAAUGUAAUAUUUUAUUUUUCUUGCAAUUAUUGUUGCUUUCGUGUAAUAUUUUUCAUUUUAGCCGUAUGUAUAGCAUUAUCAUUGCUACGGAUAAAAGCAAAUGUGGUUAUCAUUUUCUACCGAUAUGUUGUACUUUUUGUUUGGAUCGCUUUUGUUUCUAAUCAAUGAAAAAAUGGAUAUAGGUAAUAUAUCGAUAAAUUAAUAUAUACCUAUUGCAUAUACAUACAUAUAUGUAUUGAUUAUCGUCAUUGUUACACAUACACUAUUUAUAGUAUAAAGAGUGAAAAGUAAAAAAAGAGAAAACAAUAAGGAUAAAUCGAUAUUUGCUAUGGUGCAGUACACAUACCAAUAAUACAUGUAAUUAAUGAAUUUUGCGUUGUACCGAUAACACAAACGAACGAAAAAUAAAAUAAUGAAAACGGAAACGAGAACAGAGACAAGAAAAACAAUAACAAAAAAAGGAUGAUAAAUAUUUAUAAUAAAAUAUAUACCUAAUCGACGAGAGCCUACUAGUUUGAUAUUAACGAUAAUAAUACAAUAGCUUUAUACUAUACGUAGAAUGUUAAUUUGUAUAAUCAUAAAUAUAUUAAUAAAGAUAACAGUAAUACAUAGUAAUGGUAAUGAUAACCAUAAUAAUCACAAUAAUCACAAUAAUGAUAACGAUAACGAUACAAACACGUAGUGAAACAUUGGCAUAAUUUACAUUUGUAGUACGUACGUACAAAUGUAUAAUAGACAUAAGCUGGUAUAAGCGGUCGCAGUUUCAGGCCUACUAAUUGUAAGUACGUGCGUAAAAUUGAAGAAUAUUAAAUUCCAAUUAGGCCUAACAAUAAAACAUUAUCGAUGAGGUUACAUUGUUAUUACUAUUGUUGUCGUUGUUAAUAGUUAUACACACUAAUAAGGACAUGCCUAAUGUCGAUAUAAAUUAAAUUAUAAUUAUAAAUCGCGCGUGCAUUAUCAUCUAUGGAUUGUGAGAAUAUGGUAACUACUUGAUGAUUAAUUAAUAUAUCGUUCAAAUAAUAUCCCGAUUAUUUCGCCCUCGCCGCAACGAAUGUUAGUCUCAUCAGUUUUAUUGGCGUCAUCACUAUACAAAAAUAAUUAUGCGGGAACACUUAUACAUAUUAUAAUAUUAACAUGCAUAUAUUAUACAUACAUACACAUGGUAUAACAGGUAUAAUCAAGUCAACAGGCUAACAACCCUAAAAUACCUAGGUGUGUCUAUUUAUGUUACAACGAUAACAACAACAACAAUAGUGGUAGUGGUAAUAAUCGUGUGUAAAUAUUAUACCGAUAACUAAGAAUAAAUAAUUGUACAUCGACGAUGAGCGUGCAGGCGGUUGAUGAAUCGACGGCGAUAACGAAUAAAAAGUAAAAGGAAAAACAUCCACCGACUAAAGUUUCUUUUUAAUGACUGUUACGACGUGGAUAUUUGUAUGUACGAUAGACAUAUAAAGUAGGAUGAUUGUAAUUAUUGACAACCCUAUCACGAAUUGAUUGCAAAGUUUUUUGUUUUAAAUUUGUAUUUCCAUUUUUGUUUGCGUCAACGUUAUAGUUAUAUGAGAAAAAAAUUGAUAAAAUAAAUAAAUAACUAAAUCAAAUUUAAUUUUCUCAUGGAAACUCUCAACAUUUGCUAUUACAUUCACAUUUGUAGGGUAAGCUUUUUGCAUAAUGAUAAGUGUAUGAAAAUGGUUUUUUCUUCAACGGUUGACAACGAUUGAGAAAAGUUACCAAGCGCAUCAAACGUAAGUUAUUCGGUUCACUUGACUCGUGCGUUACAAUUUCAUUGGUCGGUCUUUAUCAAUUUUUUUUUUUUCUUGCUAUGGACAAUACUUCUUCUUCCUAAUAAAAUUUUUAUGCAAUUUCUUCGAUUCACCAUUGAUUACUUCUAUUCUAUACAUAUAUGUAUAAGUGUAUCGACAACGUUAUACAAAUUGUUGAAUGAUAUAAAAUUCUCUCUCCGUAUCAGCUAAUAAAAUUACUAUAAUAUCAAAUAUCACUUUCUAUUCCUCACUAAUGAAAAACUUUUCUACAACGUAAAUAAGUAAACCAACAAAUAAUACGAAAAAAAAAGGCUUCAGGCAACCCCAUAAAGUUAAUACGUAAUUAAAGUAUGUACAUUACAUGCUACCCUAUUAGUAGAGAUUUAAUAAUUCUGAGCAUCGAUGAAAAAAAAACGAAAGAAAGAACAAUGAAAACCUACAACAUAGACUUUACGAACAAUAUAUAUAUAAUAGAAAUAAAUGAAUAAAACUAUAGUAAGGCCAGGUAAGGGUCGUAGAUCAUGAAAAUCUGUCAUCGUUAUCAGUUAAUAAGUAAAAAAAAAAUUAUCACUAUUAUAAUUAUUCUACAUAUAAAGAAAAGAAUGUAUCUAUUCUUAUUCCUAUUAUCACAAGAUAUACCCUACUCACAUAUGUAUUUGUCAAAUUGUCUAAUUCUUAAUAUCAAGAAAAAAAAUUAAACAAAAAAAGAAAAAUGAAUGGAAAGAUUAUUUGUUAUUAUUUAUCGAUCCAUGCAGUUGUAACACAUUAUUUACCUAUACAUAUGUCCAUGUAUAAAAUCUAAUGCACCUAUAUACAUAUAGUAUACUGAACAUUUAUGCUUCAUCCGCAGUCUUCCGAACAAUUACAAUCUCUUUGAAUAUUAAACAAAUGAAUACACAUAUAAUUCUUCUAUUCAUAGCUGUAAUCGAAUUAGUUCAAUCAUAUCGCUGCUGUUUUAAUCAUCAUCAUCAUCAUCAUCGUUGUUGUUGUUAUUAUACGUUGUAACAUAACAGAACCAAAUCAUUUAGCAAUGCAUACGACUGAGGCGGCAACAAAAAAAAAAGAUAUUAAUAGCGAACACAUGUCAUAUUCGAAAAAUUCAGAACGUGCGAAUAUCAAGAAAGCAGAGGAAAAAUAGAUCGGGUACACGCGUACAUACUUAUACUAUUAUUAAAUAAGAUGCAAGGCUUAAUAAAUAACCGAACGAUAAAUAUGAUGAAACUAUACAAAAAAUUAUACUGCAAAAUAUUAUCAUUAUUGUUAUUGUCAUUGAUACAGUUUCUACUAAUGUUAUUAAUAUUAUUAGUUCUAUUAUUAUCGAAACGGCGAUAACGCUAAACACGAUACUGAAGAUAAUGAUAACUACAACAACAACUAAUUUUAUGUUUGAAUAAUAAAUGUUACUAUAAAAG